AUAGUUUUAAAGGUUUACUUUAAAAGAGUUUUAUCUUGAGUGAGAACCUCCAACUGUCAGCCAGACUUUUAGCUUGAUAAUCCAGGGAUUGGAAGAUGACUGCAGUUUUUCUAUUUCCUUUGGAGGAAAUCAUGUGAUGAGUUUUUCCUCGCUGAAUAAAGAGACAGACACAUUUCACCUACUAAAUUUAAUGAAGGAUAAAGAGUUGCAUUAUUGUUUUCUAGUUUUGGUUUUGAGUCUUUUGAGCAUUCUUAUCUGGAAGUUGAAGCAGCUAUUUUAUUUCUCUGUUCCCCUGCAAAGGACCUCCAUCCAACAAUAGAUUAGUGUUAAACUGGGCCACUCUUGCUGCCUCUUUUGCAAAAGUAAUCCUUUAUCACAAAUGCUCUUUUCUUCUCUAUAUAUUCACUCAGUUUGCCUUCUCCUAAUUCACAUGCUCUCUCAGCUACAUGGGAAUCAUGGCAUGCUGUUGCCACUCAAAUUGUGAUUGUGAAUCUCAAUCUGCCAGCUUCCGAUCAGACUUGCCAACACCGGCCCUUACUUCUCAGCCAAGUCUCCACUCAGUUCCUUCCCUCACUUCACAAACCCACCAGAGACAAAGUAAUGUUUCCACCAUCCAUUAUCACUGCCUCACCACUCUAAAAGGCCACAAUUCUUAUGCAUCCUCCCUCACCCUUGCUGGCAAAUUCUUAUAUGUGGGCUCUUCUGACAGAGAAAUUCGCUUGUGGGAUUGCAAUCCUUUAACUUUACAGCUUGAUCAAGAAAUUAUGAACAACAACAUAGUAGCUGUUGGCAAGGGCGCAGUGAAGUCCCUAGUUGUGUUAGCAGACAAGCUCUUUAGUGCUCAUCAAGAUCAUAAAAUUCGGGUGUGGAAAAUCAACAACGAAGAGCAUGAUCAUCAUCAGCAGAAGUACACUCGUUUGGCCACACUACCAACCCUCAGUGACCGCGCUUUGAAGCUACUUUUUCCCAAGAAUCAUGUGCAAAUUCGGAGACACAAGAAAUCCACUUGGGUCCAUCAUGUUGACACAGUGUCAGCUCUUGCUUUAACCAGCGAUGAGACUCUUCUCUACUCAGUAUCAUGGGAUCGAACCAUCAAAAUUUGGCGAACGUCUGACUUCAAGUGUUUGGAGUCUAUCACAAACGCUCAUGAUGAUGCAAUAAACGCAGUAGCAUUAUCCAAGGAUGGACAUGUUUACAGUGGAUCAACUGACAAGAAAAUCAAAGCGUGGAGAAAAAAAUCCGGAGAGAAGAAACAUUCUCUAGUUUCAACUCUGGAGAAACACAAAUCUGGGAUUAAUGCCUUGGCGCUGAGCACUGAUGGGUUUGUGUUGUACUCAGGUGCAUGUGAUAGAUCGAUACUAGUUUGGGAGAAAGAGGAGAGUGGCAACAUGGAGCUUGUAGGAGCCUUGAGGGGUCACACAAAAUCCAUAUUGUGCAUUGCUGUGGUUUCAGAUUUGGUGUUGAGCGGUUCGGCGGAUAAAACCAUUAGAAUAUGGAGAGGAAUUGAUAGAAAUUACUCUUGUUUGGCAGUCCUGGAAGGCCACAAAGGCCCUGUCAAAUGUUUGACUGCAGCCAUUGAUAAGAACUAUAAUCACUCUGAUGCCACUUAUCUUGUUUACAGUGGAAGUUUAGACCGGGACAUCAAGGUAUGGCAGAUUUUUGUUCCUCUUCACUAGAAAAAAAAAAUAGUUCUCAUUUUUCUUCUGGGGAUUUAUGUACAUAAGCAAUGAGAUUGUGUAUUUUCUUUAAGAGCUCCUCCUUGCUUUCCUGGAAAGUUCCGGCGGCAGAUUUGUCCUAAUCUUUUCGAAUGCAUAACUUUAGUCCUACCACUUUCAAUGGAUUGGCUUUCAUUAUAAUUUUAUGAAGUGAAAUUCUUUCUUUAUUUUA